AUGUGGAAGUGCCUUGAGUGUCGCCAUCCAAUUUGUCUGCCCUUCAAGUUGACGGUUGUCAUGGGAACUGCGAGAGAUCCAAACUCCGGAAAUUGUUUUGGCCCUGCAGAGGUUUUGGGGAAGGUUUUAAUCGACUCCCAACUCUUGCUAGUUCGUGCAGAACUUCUUGCUUUCCGGAAAUCCAACGACAGUACUCAAAUGCGUCAGGAGUUUCCAGGCUCGGUAUCAAAGGACUUUUGGUCGAGGGUGAUGCAGCGCCUCAAUGCCGUCACAAGUCAGCCCCUGAUUGAAACCGGUUUUGGCCCGAAAUUCUUACUCAUCGGUGUGCGGGGUGCGGCACCACGUGUGUGCCAGUCGCGACUCCGACUUGUGAGUUCUCGUCUCAGCCUCCCCCCUCCCCCUCCUGCCCCUCCGAACAUGUAG